AACCUGGAACUCCGGGAACAUGCGCAAGGAACCUUGUGUGGCACCACCACCUGCGGCGGAGGCGGUGGGAGCUCCCCGCCGCGGGACCGGCGGGCUCCAUCCUGACCCCGGGGGCUCCGUCCUGCCCCACUGGUCAUUGGAACAAGCCAUAAACCGAGUUGCUGGGUCACGGGAAGGCUGGGACACACUGCCAUGGCUGAAAAUAGCAGGAAGAGUUCUGGAGAGAAGGAAGAGGAUCAGGACAAGAAAAAAUGUGUCUUUGGAGAGCAUGAGCACUCUGGGUUUGAAGACCAGACGGCAAAGAUGCAGCUUGUGAGCAGGCAUGCAUCCCAGAGCAGUGUCAAACUGAAAGAGGAGCCUCACUCUAAAUCUCCUCUUCCAGCCAGUCACAGCCUUGUCAGGGAGGCCAGAAGGACUAGUUGUGACUGGCAGAGCUCAAAAGAUGAGAAGUUUAUGGAUUUGGAACCACAGCCUCCAGCAGAGACCAGCCCUGCAGCAGACAGCCAGCCUCUCCCUGGCAGCCAGCUCCUGGCCACAGAGAAGGCAGCAGCUAAAGCUGACCCACUGAAGAAGGAGGAGGACUGGUUGAGUGCUGGCUUGGCUCACAAGAAAUUUCAAGCCCAGGCAAAUGCCUUGGAUGCCCCGGGUGAAGGGCAGGACCUCCACACUCCCGUCAGCCAGCUAGAUGCCUCCACAAGAGCGCCACAACAGACAGCUACUCCACAGGACAAGGCACAGACCACAGAUGGCUCCAGUCAGCAGGUCCCUCAGCCCAGCACCAUGAAAGAAGCCUCAGCAGAAUUGUUGGAGUCUGCAAAGCCAGAUCCCUCCCAAAAGGUCAGAGCCCCGGACGAAUAUACUGUUAAAGGUGCCAGAGCUUUCCAGUCAGCUAAGCGUAGCAAUUUGAGAGCCCAGGACACCUGCUCACAGGCCAGUGAGAAGUCUGUGCUAGAGGAUGAUCUCUUCAACAUACUUGAGGAGGACAUAGAAUUUCUAGAGGGUAAUGCAGCUGAGUCGCAUCUCCAGUCUGCAUCAAGCUGCUUGUUAGCACUGCUCCACAUCCAAGCUCAUGUGUCACAGCUGGAGGGCCAGGUCCAGACACUGGAGAUAGAGCAGACACAGCUCAGGCAGUUACUGAGGCUUCUCCAGCAGCAGCACCAGGAGGACUUGGAUCUCAUUGCAUUUGCCCACAGGAGCCACAUGAAGGUGGUGGAGAAGAACAAUGGGCAGCAGGAGGAGAGGCGGCAGCAGGAGGAGAGGCGGCAGCAGGAGGAGCACCUGGCAGCUCAGCUCCCACUGCAUAGGCAAGACAUGGCCCCAGCACAGCAACAUCUCAUGCCACGGGAGCAGGAAAAACAUCCCACAUCGCAGGAGCACGAUAAGCAGCUCAAGGAGCUCCAGGACAGGCUGUCACAGCAGCAGAGGGACAUGGCAAAGGAGCGGAGCCAAUUCCAGGAGGUGAUUGCAAAACUGGAGGCCAGGCUGAGUGAGCAGACUCAGCUGCUGGAGCAGGAGCGUGGCAGGGCAAUGGUAGAGGAAGCCAAAGUGAAAUCACUGCAGUGUUCACUGGAAAAGCAGCGACAAUUCAUGAGGCAGCAGCUCUCCACAGAGCGAGAAGAGCUGGAGAGGGUGAAGAACACUUUGAUGGAGGAGCAGAAAUCAAUGCUGCAGAAGUGUUCAGAGGAACGAGGGAAGCUGGAGGCUGAGUGGGCAGAAUUCCAUAUCCAAGAGAAGCUGAGGGAGGAGUGGGAGGAGCAGAAGAUGGAGCAAUCCCGACAGAUGGACCAUACCAGGAUGAGACUGGCCAAGGAGCAGGCAGAGCUGAGUUUCCAGGGCCACAGGCUGAGAGCCAAGGAGGAGCAGCUGGAGAGGGACAGGGAGCAGCUAGAUGAAUCCUGGCAUGAGCUGCAGCUAGAGAAGGAGAAGGUGAACAGUGCUACCCAGCAAAUCCAGAAGCAGAAGAAAGAGAUUAAAAGCCUGAUUGAACGCUCAUCCCAGAAAUACAGAGUAGGGAAGCGAGCCCUGCGGGAGGCACGCCGAAUAGAGUCCUUGUACCAGAAAAGGCUCCAGGCGACGCAGAAACAGUUGGAGCAGUUGAGGCAGGAUCAAGAGCUUCUGCACCAGGACUGGCUGAGCACAACUCAGCAGAGGAGACAGCUCGAACAGCUGUGCAAUACAGCCCAGAACCUCUGUGCCCCUAUGGAAAGCCUCUCCAGCACACAGUGCAGGAUGCACCCUCAGCAUGGCCUGUGGUAUUGCAGGGACAACACAGACAGCUCCACUGCACUCAAUGCCACGCUACAGAUGCUGAGACACAGGGCCCAGAUGGAGCUUGAUUUCUUGGAAGGUGAGCGCAUCUUCCUGGAGUCCCUGAAGAAAACACCCAACUCUGCAUGAUUCCUGUCCCCCCAAGAAGGUGACAUCACCCCACAUGAUAUCAACUGAUACUGUGCCCUCAAACCUGGGGAGCAAAGUGAACAUUAAAUUCUCUGAGUUGUCAGCUUCUUCUCUUUCCAAACACUGUCAGAGUGUUCCAUAAUUCACUGGUAAUCAUUCAGUACUGUACAGCUGGUCCUGAAUGCCAUCCAGAUGAACCUGGACAAACCUGAGAUGUGGACCAGUGGGAAUCUCAUAAGGUUUAGCAAGAACAAA